CAGAACCACGCACUUCUUGAAAUUUCAGGCAAACUUUUUCCAUUUUGCGAAAACGAUCGACACAGAAAAUCUUAACGAGCUCGCAGAACAAUUCCCACUUUGUCUGCGUCUUCCGUACAAUCUCCGCCAUGGGAACUUCUCAUAGCCGCGAAGGAUCAGACCUCUCCGACUCCGACGACUACCACUCCGAAACAGAGGAUCGCGACGAAGAAGAAGAAGAAGAGUACGAGGAGGUUCACUACGACGCUGUCGAGCGCCAAGAGACGCCUCAAACGACUUCUUCCAACCGGACAAUCGACGACAUCGACACCAAAUUGAAAUCGCUGAAGCUCAAAUACGGCGAUGCCUCUCAGGGCGGUGGCGACCGUCGCGUCAAGCUGUACCUCCACAUAGGUGGAAACAGUCCCAAGGCUAAGUGGAUCGUCUCCGAGAAGUCGGCUUCGUACGCCUUCGUCAGGAGCUCCGAGAUCGGCGGCGGAGGGGAUUCCGAUGAGGACGAAGGAGGAUCUUCCAGCGGUGGAGGUAAUAAUUCGUUGUGGAUUCUCCGGGUCGGGGCGAAAGUUAGAGCUAGGGUUUCGACGGAGAUGCAAUUGAAGAUGUUUGCGGAUCAGAGGAGGGUCGAUUUCGUCGAUAGUGGUGUCUGGGCGUUGCGAUUCUCCACUGAUGAAGAGUUCAGGAAAUUCGUUAACGAGUACAACGAUUGCUUGUUCGAGAAUGUGUACGGGCUUAAAGCCACCGAGGAGAGUAAGGUGAAGGUCUAUGGGAAGGACUUCAUCGGCUGGGCGAAACCGGAAACUGCCGACGAUUCGAUGUGGGAGGACGCGGAAGGCGGCGAUGCUGCCGGAGAAGAGAAGUUCUCGCCGUUGCGUGCGAAUCAAGAUUUGAUGGAGGAAUUCGAGGAGGCAGCUAAUGGUGGCGUCCAUAGCUUGACUCUGGGUGCCCUGGACAACAGUUUCCUUGUCAGCGAUCUGGGUGUUCAGGUUUACAGGAACAAUCAAAAGGGCAUCCAUGGCAAGGGCAUUUGUGUGAGCUUUGAUCACAGAAACAGUGGAUCUAGUUUGACGAAAUCUAAUCCGAAGAAGGGGAUGCUCAUGAGAGCUGAAACGAAUAUGAUGCUUAUGAGUCCCAUGAAGGAAGGCAAACCCCAUUCCACAGGGAUCAGACAGCUUGAUAUAGAAACAGGGAAGAUUGUGACAGAGUGGAAGUUUGAGAAAGAUGGGACAGAGAUUACAAUGAGGGAUAUCACAAAUGAUAACAAAGCGUCUCAGUUGGAUCCCUCAGAGAGUACAUUCUUGGGGUUGGAUGAUAACAGGUUGUGUCAAUGGGAUAUGAGGGAUAAGAGUGGGAUUGUGCAGGAUAUCGCUAAAGCCAGCGAUUCGCCUGUUCUGCAAUGGAGUGAAGGGCAUCAGUUCUCGAGAGGUACUAAUUUCCAAUGCUUUGCGAGUACUGGUGAUGGAUCCAUUGUUGUUGGGUCACUGGAUGGGAAGAUUAGGUUGUACUCAAGGAGAUCACUGAGACAGGCUAAGACAGCUUUCCCGGGUCUUGGUUCGCCCAUCACUCAUGUGGAUGUUACUUAUGAUGGGAAAUGGGUGCUAGGGACUACUGAUACAUACUUGAUUCUCAUUUGCACUCUGUUUACCGACAAGGACGGUAAGACUAAGACUGGAUUCGGUGGUCGAAUGGGGAAUAAAAUACCAGCUCCUAGAUUGUUGAAGUUGAUUCCACUGGAUUCGCAUUUGGCUGGUGGCAAUAACAAGUUCCAUGGCGGUCAUUUCUCAUGGGUGACUGAAAAUGGUAGACAAGAGCGCCACAUCGUGGCAACGGUGGGGAAGUUCAGCGUGAUAUGGGACUUUCAGCAGGUGAAGAACAGUGGACACCACUGCUACAAGAAUCAGCAGGGCCUGAAGAGCUGCUACUGCUACAAGAUUGUGCUGAAGGACGAGUCGAUCGUGGAGAGCCGGUUCAUGCACGACAACUACGCCGUCAGCAACUCCCCCGAGGCUCCUUUGGUUGUGGCGACGCCAAUGAAAGUCAGCUCCUUUAGCCUCUCCGGGAGCAAGCAGCAACGGUCCCGCGGUUGAGAUUUGUGGCCGUCGGUUCAUUUUCGUAGUGUUAUUUGAUUUGUGCAGAGUUGGGUUUAUUUGAUUUGUGCAGAGUUUGAUUUUUCUGGUUUCUGCUGUUUGUAGGCUUUGAUUUUUCUUCUCAUCGACUCUCUCUCUUACACGCUUGCUUGCACACACCUCAAACUGAUAUCCGUUGUAGUACUUGGAUUUCUGCUUGUACCUAAUGCCAUUGAGAAUGAAUUCGUCUUGUGUUUCUUUUAAUUGUUGCAGUUCAUAUGUGAUGUUUGUU